UUUUCCUUUCCUUUGCAGACCUUCACAGAACGUCUGCAGUGAAAUAGAACACAUAACUUUUUAGGCCAGCUCCAGAAGACCCACACUGUGUUUGUUUCUCACCUUUUUGGAUAAAGAGUUUGGGGUCCAGGAUGAAUAAGACAAGGGCAGUUAAUGACGGUUUUCCUUUCCUGAACAGUAAGAACUUGAGCUCAAACCGAAGCUUCCCCUCACAUCUUUCUAAUCAGUGCAGGAAUGUCACCGACCUUACUGUUUUUCUGGCCACCUCUUACAGUUUGGAGACUGUUCUAGGCAUUGUGGGAAACAUCUGCCUAAUUGCUGUUAUAGCCAGGCAGAAGGAAAAGACCAAUGUCACUAACAUCCUCAUUUCCAACUUAAUAAUUUCAGACUUGUUUAUGUGUCUUGUUUGCCUACCUUUCACCGUUGUUUACACCAUGAUGGACUACUGGAUAUUUGGGGAGGUCAUGUGCAAAAUGACCUCUUUCACCCAGUGCACGUCUGUGACAGUGUCAAUCCUUUCCCUCGUCCUUAUUGCUCUGGAAAGACACCAGCUGAUCAUAAACCCAACUGGCUGGAGGCCAACAAUCUCCCAAGCCUAUCUAGGAAUUGGAGUCAUUUGGACUUUAGCAUGUCUCAUGUCCCUGCCCUUUUUGACCACAUCCAUCUUGUCUAACGAUUUGUAUGAACAGCUCUCUCACAUCAUGAAUUUUUCCUAUGACAAGGCCAUAUGCAUUGACUCGUGGCCUUCUGAGCAACACAGGCUUAUCUACACCACCACUCUACUGCUUCUGCAAUACUGCAUCCCACUGUUCUUCAUUAUACUUUGCUACUUGCGUAUCUACUUACGCCUGCAGAAGAGAAAGGACAUGUUUGAGAAGAGUGAAUACAGCAACCGAGCUGUUCAGUUAAGAAGGAUAAAUAUUUUGUUAGCAUCCAUGGUUGCUGCUUUUGCUGUUUGCUGGUUACCACUGCAUGUUUUCAACACCAUCGUGGACUGGAAUUACAAAAUAAUUUCACCUUGCCACCACAAUCUGAUCUUCUCAUUGUGCCACUUGGUAGCCAUGGCUUCCACCUGUGUCAACCCUGUCAUCUAUGGUUUCCUCAAUAGCAACUUCAAAAAAGAAGUGAAGUCACUGAUUCUGAGCUGCCAGCAUAAUUCGGUAACUGCAUCAACGGAAGAAUAUGAUCAUUUACCCUUAUCCACUAUGCAGACUGAAGUCUCCAAGGGCUCACUGUCAUUGAAUUGCAGACAUAAUUCUAUCUAG